AAAGAGGCUUCUGUGUAUUGUACAGAGAAAUCAUGUCUAGGGACUGGUGAUCUAAAGUGGUACUUCUUCUGCCCAAGAGAAAAGAAGUAUCCCAAAGGCGGUAAGGCUAACCGCUCGACUGAAUGUGGUUACUGGAAGACCACAGGGAGAGACAGAGAUGUUUUAUACAAUAACCAAGUCGUUGGGAAGAUAAGAACUCUGGUUUAUCACUUUGGGAAAACACCUCGUGGUGAUCGGACUGAUUGGGUCAUACAUGAAUAUAGACUUGAAGACCAAGUACUCGCUCAAAAGAAUGUUCCUCAGGAUAGUUAUGUGCUUUGCGUUCUCUUUAAGAAAAAUGGGCUUGGACCAAGACAUGGUUCUCAAUAUGGAGCUCCAUAUAAGGACGAGGAUUGGAGUGGUGAUGAAGAAGAAGAUACUCAACACCUUGUAGCUAUUCCUUCUGCAGUAAACGCUGGUCCUUGUCCUGGUCCUAGCAAAGAAACCAGUCUCGUUGCUACGACCUCACAGUCACACGCUCCUAAAGAUUGUUUCACAGCAGGAGUGAUCUCAGAAUCUUGCAUCUCUGAUGUACCGCCACUAACUGCCACAGUGCUUCCACCUCUAACAAGUGACGUUGUAGGUUACGCUCCCAUGUCUUCUACACCUCUUCUUGAGGUUCCUCCCGAUGAUGACGAGGAGUUGAAUUCGAUGCUAGAUGUCUUUUCUGUUGUGAAUGACGAGUGUUUACUUUUCGACGAUUUCGACUACCAGAAUGAGGUAAGAGAUGUGCCUGGUGUUUAUGUAAACGAGGAGGAAGCUCCAGUAAUCUUAGGAGAUGGCAAUUUCAGUGGAAUGUUUGACCUGAGCGACGAGCAGGUCAUGGAGAUGGAAAAUCUGAUACAGCCGCCCACUCCUCCUCCGGGCGCUCAAGCCAGUAAUCCCUAUGAUUCAAGAAGCUAACGGUCAGAAUUAG